AUGAAUAGUCCUAUCUACGUUUUAGGUGCUGGAAGUAUUGGAAGCUUGCUUGCUUGCGAAUUAGCAAGUAUUCCUUCUAUGCAAAAUGAAGUUGUUUUAUUGCUCAGAAAUCAAGUGAGAGCCGAGCAGUUUAUGGCAAAGCAAUCAUUGAUGACGAUUGAACGCAAGUUUGAACAAGGUAGCCCAAAAAUCCAGAAAAAGCUGAAAGCCAAAUAUCCUGCUGAAUUGAACGUCAGUACAAUUGAUAACUUGAUCGUCACCACCAAAACCGUACACACCGAAAAGGCUUUGUCUAACUACCUUCCCUUUUUAAAUGAAAACUCCAACAUUUUAUUUGUCCAGAACGGUUUGGGUGUGAUUGAACAUUUAAAAAGGGUGAUAUGGACCGAUGAAAGCAAAGCUCCCAAUCUUUACCAAGGAAUUAUCACCCAUGGAUCUUUCCAGAAACAAGAUUUCCAUUUCGUGCAUGCCGGUUUAGGAAAUUUAAAAAUUGCCAAAGUUCCCUCCCUCAACAAAUCCCCCGCGAUUAAUGGUGCUUGUGUGAUGGUGGAAACGCUGAUGAAAUCCAGGAUUCUGAAUACAAGCUACUUGCCUUACGAUGAUUUACUUAUUUCUCAAUGUGAGAAACUCGCUGUCAAUGCAUGCAUGAAUCCGAAUACUGCUAUCCUCGAUUGUUUGAAUCGAGAAUUAAGCAACAUUGAAGAGGUCAAGCUUCUUUUCAAAAACAUCAUCACGGAGUGUGUUGACGUUUUCUUUAAAUGUAUACCAAGCUUGUCUGAGAACGAAAAGGCUAGAAAGACACUGGUAGUUCCUAGACUCUUAGAAAUGGUGAUGUAUAUGGGUUUCGUGGUUUGUGGAGACAAUAGUUCUUCCAUGAGACAGGACACCCUUUUUAAGAGAGAUACCGAGAUAGAUUCUAUUAAUGGCUGGAUUGUCAAACUAGCAGAGGAAGUUGGAUACCCAGCGAAUGUCAAUAAGACCAUUACCCUCUUGGUAAAGGCCAGAACUCAGAUCAACCAAAGACGCAUCUAG